AUGAAGAAGGCUCACAAGGGGAUACCACUACUCCAUGGCACCAGCGACUACCGAAGGUGGCACUUGAAAGUGAUCGCACACCUCGAGUUGCUGGGCCUCAAGGACCACGCGACAGGGCUAACCGUCGUGCCCGAGAAGCUACACCAGAGCGAGACGGACCUCUCGCUGGCAAUCCAACGCCUUGAGCACGAGAAGCACAUCCAACAGACGCUUGGCAUGAUCAAGAAGCUGGUCGAUGACGACCUCCUUCUGUUGAUCGAGGGUGCCACCACUGCAAAAGCUGUGCUUGACAUCCUUGAAGCGCAGCUUGUAGCAAAGAACAUGGCAUGGUUCAUUGCCACCAUCUGCAAGCUCUUCUUGCUCAAGAAGAAGCCUGAGCAGAGUGUCGCCGUGUACUUCGCUGAGCUUGAUGGGCUCAUCACACUCACGGUAGCUGACGCCGCCGAGGACAUCAAGCACCGUGUUGCCCUCCCGGAUCCCAAUGCACUUGUGGUUGGACAGCUGUCGCCAUUCACGAUCACAUACUUGAACGACCUCCUCCGUCACUACAUCACUAAGCACGCCACCACCAUCGCCCUGGCCGGGCUGCCGGAGGAGUACUAG